GAGAAUAUUUAUUAUUACAAAAACCCAGAGCUAUAAAUUAAUGUCAUCAUGGAGAGCCUUCCUCUUUCUGUCUCCAUUCUCAAGAAUGAAAAAAUAAAUGGAUUGUGUAAAAAUCGCACAGAAAAAUGAAUUGGGUAAAAAUCAAGUGAAAAACGGAUUGGGAAAAAUCAUAUGAAAAAUGAAUUGUGUAAAAUCACACAUGAAAAUAAAUUAAUCAUGUAAAAAUAAAUGAAUUGUGUAAAAAUCACGUGGAAAUAAAUAAAUUGUGUCAAAUUACGUGAAAAACGGAUUGUGAAAAAUCACGUGAAAAUGAAUUGUGAAAAUCACACAUGAAAAUAAAUUAUCCAUCCAUCCAUCCAUCCAUCCAUUCUACCGCUUACUCCUUCUUCAGGGUCGCGGGGGAACCCGGAGCCUAUCCCAGGGAGCAUCGGGCACAAGGCAGGGUACACCCUGGACAGGGUGCUAGUCCAUCGAAGGGCACACUCACAUACACACUCACACACCCAUUCAUACACUACAGACACUUUAGACACGCCAAUCAGCCUACCAUGCAUGAGGCGAACGUGCUAACAAAAAUAAAUUAAUCAUGUAAAAAUUAAUGAAUUGUGUAAAAAUCACAUGAAAAUAAAUGAAUAGUGUAAAAAUAAAUGUAUAAUUAAAACAUAUAAAUACAAAUUUUAAAUAUUCCGAUAUGACAAAUUUGAAUGACCGAGGAGGUUGUGGCUGGAAUUUGGACUUUAUUUGGAAUUAUUAAAAAAAUAAAUAAAUAAAUAAAAACUAACUUCAAAAGCUCAAACUAACUUCAAGCUAGAUUUAAGUUAGUUACUAAAUAGUUGGUAGUAGUCACUAAAUAUGCACUUUCAGCUAGGAAUUUUCUUUCUUACUUUAACAUCAACUAAAAAGUCUGAUAUCAUGAAAAUGUUUGCAAAUUUGAGCGAACGAGAACAGUGUGGUUGAAAUUUGCUUCAUUUCAUACGAAUAAAGUCGUAAGUAAAAGUACAAACGCAAACUCCGCCACCAAAACUCUGACCUUAACCUCCAUAACUACUCUUAUAAGACAGUGAGAAAGGAAGGUUCAACUUAAGAAUUAGAUUAACAAUUUAUCUAAUUUAUACGAGGGAAAAAGAGGAAAAGAAAUGUGCUUCUUUUUUUUGUGGUAACAGUUUGGGGAAGAACCAUAUAUGAGUGUGAUAGUUAGGUGUUUAUUGUUUUAUUUACUUAUGUAUAUUGUCCACUGGGCGUGCUUGUCCUCCGUGUAUAUAGGGGGCGCUGUGUGACUCUUGAAGCGGUUAAUAAGGCGCUAUUAGGUGUCAAAAAGAAGAAGUACAGUGUUUUUCCACCCUGGUGCACGAGAGGUGGAUUAAUCCGAGAAACAUUAGGAGCUAGAAUUUGGAGCUGGAUAAUUUCACACAUGCGUCCUGCAGUAGAGAAAUAUACCGUUAAAGUGGGACUAUGCUGCUGGCUACAGUGAACCAGGGUGGAGCAGAAUUCCCACAUGGGCGAGGUGAUGCUCAGAACUUCACUCUGUGCCUCGGUGACAUUUCAGACGAUCAGUACGCGGAUAGCUUAGAGGCUGUGACUCUCUCAGACGGCUCGACUGCAUAUAUUCAGCAUAAUACUCCAGAUGGGAGUGUACUGGAGGGGCAGGUCAUCCAACUGGAUGAUGGUACUACUGCUUACAUUCAGCAUAUUUCUGUACAGAAUGGAGAUGGGCCCAAUGGAUGGUCAGGUUCUGCUACGAGUGACGUCAUGGAAGGUGAGAGCCUGAAUCUGGAGGCUGGACAGGCCGUGCAACUGGAGGAUGGAAGCACUGCUUACUUACAUCAAAUACCAAAAGAGGUGUAUGAUUCCCCUGCACUCCAGGCAGUACAGCUAGAGGACGGCUCCACCGCCUUCAUUCAGCAUGCGCUGCAGAUGUCGCAGCCAGAUACGAUUCUGGCCAUCCAGGAAAGUGACACAGUGUCUGAUCUGUCUCUCGAGGGAAUCGCAGACCCUGGGACUGUCACUGUGCUGGAACAGUACACCGCUAAGAUAAAAGAAAUGAAACCUUAUGCAAGCACUGGCUUACUCACAAAUGAAAAUGUUGUACAGAUUGUUUUUCCGAGUCAGGAUGGCCAUCGCAGUGUACAGCAGCCUGAGGAGAAAUCGUUUCAGUGCAGCUAUGAAGGAUGUGGCAAACUUUACACCACAGCAUAUCACCUCAAGGUACAUGGAAGAGUACACACAGGUGACAAGCCUUACUGCUGUGACAAACCUGGCUGUGAAAAAAAGUUUGCAACAGGUCAUGGCUUGAAAAGCCACACAAGGACACACACUGGUGAAAAACCCUACUGCUGCACAGAAGUGAACUGCAGAAAAUCCUUCAAGAACUCAGGAGAUCUCCAAAAGCACAUCCGAAUCCACACUGGAGAAAAGCCCUUCCUUUGUCCGUAUGAAGGCUGCGGGCGGUCUUUUAGGACCUCCAACAUUUGCAAGGUGCACAUGCGCACACACACCGGCGAGAAGCCGUACCACUGCUCCGAGCCAGGCUGCAACCGGGCCUUCGCCAGUGCGACCAAUUACAAAAACCACACCAGGAUCCACACUGGCGAAAGACCGUACGUUUGCACCAUUCCUGGCUGUGACAAGCGUUUCACCGAGUACUCGAGUCUGUACAAGCAUCAAGUGGUUCAUACGCCCUGUAAACCCUACGAGUGCAGCCACUGUGGGAAAACCUACAAGCAGAUCUCCACACUGGCCCUGCACAAGCGCACAGCACACAACGACUCUGAGCCCAUCGAGGAAGAGCACGAGGACUUCGAGCCUCCUAUAGAAGCCAUCGACGAUCCCUGCAUGAACGGUACUUCGGCAGAGAGUGUUGCACCCUGCUCAGAUACGACCUCUGACCUCACAGCGCAGGAGCAGGUCACCCUGGUCACACCAGAUGACGCUCAUCAGGCGGCUGGCAAUACAAUCACCAUGGUAACGCAAGAUGGCAACUUGCUCACCCUCCCAGCCAGUGAGUCUGUACUGACAUCUGCUGAAGUCACCAUGGUAACCGCUGAUGGCACAGAGGGACAGAUGACCAUUGUGUCACCAGCUUCUUUACAGACCAAACAGGAAGCAAUGCUUCCACACUCAGUUACCCUUCUGGCCACUUCUAACGGAAAACAAGUUGCUGUUGAGCUCUGUGAUCAGUUGACGCUGGAGGAAGCUCUGAGAAUCGCAUCAACUAUACAACAAGGAUCCACGGCAGAGCUGGAACAUUAAUUAAAAUACUACAGUUUGUGUGCUAAUUUAGCUCAAAUGUUAAACCGUGGGUUAUUUCCUAGAUCUUCCUGUUUACAUUCAUAUUUUUGAUAAUGUAUGUAUGAAAGAUCAGAAAGGCUGUGUGCUUUCAAAUAAAGAACUGUAUUAAACACGUGAA